AAGAAGACCAUUUCCUGGUCUUGGAUCUAAUGUGUCUAAAACAGUUUUAGUGGAGGUAGCUAGAUUUGGGAGGAAUCUUUUCAUCAGAUAGUGUAUAUCUGAUUAGAUUUCCUUCUCGAGGUGGAAGGCACUUAAAAGAUUCGUCGGCUCACUUAUUUAUAGCGGUUUUUUUUAUGUUCUCCAUUUCACGUUUUUUGUUAGUUUUCUUUACUUUGGUAUAUUCACUCGUGUACAUGGUGGCAAGAUGCUGGAUUUCUUCACCAUCUUCAGUAAGGGAGGCAUAGUGUUGUGGUGUUUUCAGGGAACCGGUGUUACAGAAUCCUUCACCGGGCCUGUCAACGCGCUGAUCCGCUCCGUGAUCCUUCAGGAACGCAGUGGCAACAAUUCCUAUACUCAUGACGCCUUGAGUCUUAAGUACAAACUCGAUAAUGAGUUUGAGCUGGUUUUUGUGGUGGGUUUUCAAAAAAUACUGACGCUGACGUAUGUUGACAAGUUCAUAGAUGACGUACAGCUCCACUUCAGGGAUCGCUAUAAGAAUGAGCUGGAGCAAAAGAGGGCCCUUACACUGUUGAGCAGCUGUUUUACGUUUGAGGAUAACUUCAAAAUGCUUCUUUGUGAGGCGGAGGAGAGCAGCAAAGCUCGAGGUCCUACCUCCAUGAGGAGCUUCAAUGCUUCCCUGAAAUCCCAGAAAACUGUGAAGUCCAUGAUCGAGACAAAGGGAGGGGAUAAAGGCAAGAAGAAUAAGAAUGCCAAAAAAGAGGCUCCUGCUGCUGAGCCUGUGAAAGGGGAACAAGCCAAAGCUCCAGCCAGUGCCCAGAAGACAGUGGAGAAUGGUAACCAGGGCUUGACCCAGGAGGAGAUCAUUCAGAAGAAGAGAGAGGAGUUUAUACGCAAGCGCAUGUGGGCACCUGCAGAGAAGCCCAUUAAGUCCCCCAAACCUGCGAAGGAGAAAACCAAGGGGAAAGAGAAGCGGGUGUGGACCUUGGGUGGCAGCAACACCAAGGAACUGGACUACAGCCAGCGCAAUGGCAACGGAGCCCAUGCUACUGGGGACCAUGUCCUGGACGCUCAAGCUGACCCGGGGAUGCAGCUGAGCUCGAUGAAGGGUGACCUGCUCGCUGUGGAUUACGAGUCCAGCGAGGAAGAUGCGGUGGAGAGGGUGGUAGUUGCUGACACAAGCAAAAAAAUCCCCAAAAGGGGUGCUUUUGGGGGGAUGUUUGGGAUGCUCAAGGGCCUGGUGGGUUCCAAGAGUCUGAGCCAGGAGGACAUGGAGCCAGUUCUGGACAAGAUGAGGGACCACCUCAUCGCUAAGAAUGUAGCAGCUGAAAUUGCCUCCCAACUCUGUGACUCUGUAGCCAAGAAACUGGAGGGCAAAGUCAUGGGUACCUUCACCACUGUGGCCUCAACAGUAAAGGGGGCCCUGCAGGACUCCCUGGUCCAGAUCCUGCAACCCAAGCGGCGUGUGGACAUCCUGAGAGACGUCUUGGAGGCUCGGAGCCAGCACAGGCCCUUCGUCAUCACCUUCUGUGGGGUCAACGGGGUUGGCAAGUCCACCAACCUGGCCAAGAUCUCUUUCUGGCUAAUCGAGAACGGUUUCACCGUGCUGAUAGCAGCCUGUGACACAUUCCGUGCGGGGGCCGUGGAGCAGCUGCGUACCCACCAGCGCCGCCUUAACUCCCUGCACCCCCCUCAGGACCACGGGGGACGGCCCGUAGUGCAGCUUUAUGAGAAAGGCUACGGGAAAGACGCUGCUGGCAUCGCCAUGGAGGCUAUUGCCUAUGCCCGUAACCAGGCCUUUGAUGUGGUGCUGGUGGACACUGCUGGACGGAUGCAGGACAACACCCCGCUGAUGACGGCCCUGGCCAAGCUGAUAGCUGUCAACAUGCCUGACCUUUUGCUGUUUGUGGGGGAGGCUCUAGUGGGCAACGAGGCUGUGGACCAGCUAGUGAAAUUUAACCAGGCGCUGGCUGAUCACUCCAUGUCUGAUGAGCCACGUCUCAUUGAUGGGAUCGUUCUCACCAAGUUCGACACCAUUGAUGACAAGGUUGGUGCUGCUAUCUCAAUGACCUACAUCACAGGGCAGCCCAUUGUGUUUGUCGGCACGGGGCAGACCUACAAUGACCUGCGGAGCCUCAAUGCCCGCGCUGUGGUGGGCGCCCUUAUGAAGGCCUGAGUGGCUGCUGCCUGCAUCUGUGUUCACCACCAUCGUGACAAAGCCAACCAAACACUGCGCUUUGAGAUGACCGGUCCUGCAGUUCACAUCCUAACUAUGACCCUCCACAUGGCGCAAAACUCACAGGCUUCCUCCCAGCUCUGUCUGGGAACGGGGCGGUUGUUGACUUUUAAGCAACAUUUGGAAAGCGAGAAAUUGCACUAAGGUCUCUUGUAUCCUCUGUAAACUGUUGGUCCAAAUUCAAAAGUACCUCAAUUUUGUUUAGCUUUAAAAUGAUGCGGUGAAGUUCAACAAGAGACAUUUCCUGACUUUAUAUCCGAUCAAAUAGAGAAUGUCAAAUUCACUUCCUGGCGUUUGGUCUGUUUAUCCCCCUUCACUUCAAUGAGAAAAUGUCAGGUAUGAAUGCUUGCUGGAGGUGACAUGUUUCAGCAGCCACCCUGUCCCUGACUAAAGCUUAGUGACCAUAGUGCCUAUCCCGUCUCCCUGAAGCAUCACCACUGCAGGGGUGACGGUCUGUCUGCUGAAAACAUCAAUAAGCCUGCACUACACCCAGUAACUAUCUUCUGUUUCUCUCGCUCUCCAUGAUGGAACACUAUAACCCCCCCCGAUGCCCCCUUCUUCCUCCGCAAUUGGAGAGUUCAAUGCCCCUUCAAUUUGGUGGAGGUGAAGAGACAUGAGUUAUUACAUUUGGGGUUAAAAGUCCAGAGACCCCAAAGGUCUCUGGACAACUGGAGCAAUAGCAGGCCUCAAAUUUAGCUUUCUACCCCUUUGUCAUUUUGAAAACAAAACAGUCAAAAUGACAAGUCUUACAAUUUUCCAGUCCCUAUAAUUUGCAGUAGUGCAAAAUAGAUGUCAAUUUGAGAAUGUAAACAUUUCUAAAUAAAGCUGCUAUGAUAGCCUGUAACAACUUA